CACUCUAUGGAAACUCCCCAGAUAUUCUGAGCUGGGAUUGCUCUGUGAUAGCUCCUGGGAAAGAUGUGUAUGUACCCCUCUCCUUCACAGUCCUUUCACCUCCUGCUGAAUCUCUCUAUGCUCGAUGGUUAUUUAGCAUCCCAAUUUAAAAAUUCUUUUCCUAUAAUACAGCUUUCUCUUCCCUUCUCUCCCCCUGCCCUGCCAUACAUCAGAGAACCGCCACCCGUUCUGCCUCUGAACUUUGCCUCUUGACUCUACCAGGUUGUAAGAACCACCCACUUCGCCCUCUGGCAUUUGCCAUGGCUUGAAACAUGGCCAGGCUGGAACUAGCUUUGAUUGUUCCAGACAUAUUGGAAGCUUGGAGAAGUAUUCCCCCAACCACAUCAUCUAGAUUCAAACAGGAUCUACCCCCUCUGCAGCCCUUCAAGAAGAGGUAUGAUUGCUACCACUUUUCCCUACAAAGUGACAAAAGGAAACAGCGACGGAGGCGCAACCGAACCCAGGAAUCGGUGUCUCGACUGGUCCACUCCCGGCCCACCCCCAUUAACCGGCUCGAGCCACUCCCAGGACGAAGUCAAGGCCUCGGAAGGCGACUACAACUCCCAGCAGGUCGAGCAGCUCCGCCCGCGCUGAUUCUCCAUUGGCCUUCCGGGGGUGGGGAUUAGAUGGGAGGUGGCCGUGGGGCUGCGGCCGGGAUUUGUCCCCUCUUCGGCUUCCGUAGAGGAAGUGGCGCGGACCUUCAUUUGGGGUUUCGGUUCCCCCCCUUCCCCUUCCCCGGGGUCUGGGGGUGACAUUGCACCGCGCCCCUCGUGGGGUCGCGUUGCCACCCCACGCGGACUCCCCAGCUGGCGCGCCACUCCCAUUUGCCUGUCCUGGUCAGGCCCCCACCCCCCUCCCACCUGACCAGCCAUGGGGGCUGCGGUGUUUUUCGGUUGCACUUUCGUCGCGUUCGGCCCGGCCUUUGCGCUUUUCUUGAUCACUGUGGCUGGGGACCCCCUUCGCGUUAUCAUCCUGGUCGCAGGGGCAUUUUUCUGGCUGGUCUCCCUGCUCCUGGCCUCUGUGGUCUGGUUCAUCUUGGUCCAUGUGACCGACCGGUCAGAUGCCCGGCUCCAGUACGGCCUCCUGAUUUUUGGUGCUGCUGUCUCUGUCCUUCUACAGGAGGUGUUCCGCUUCGCCUACUACAAGCUGCUUAAGAAGGCAGAUGAGGGGUUAGCAUCGCUGAGUGAGGACGGAAGAUCACCCAUCUCCAUCCGCCAGAUGGCCUAUGUUUCUGGUCUCUCCUUCGGUAUCAUCAGUGGUGUCUUCUCUGUUAUCAAUAUUUUGGCUGAUGCACUUGGGCCAGGUGUGGUUGGGAUCCAUGGAGACUCACCCUAUUACUUCCUGACUUCAGCCUUUCUGACAGCAGCCAUUAUCCUGCUCCAUACCUUUUGGGGAGUUGUGUUCUUUGAUGCCUGUGAGAGGAGACGGUACUGGGCUUUGGGCCUGGUGGUUGGGAGUCACCUACUGACAUCGGGACUGACAUUCCUGAACCCCUGGUAUGAGGCCAGCCUGCUGCCCAUCUAUGCAGUCACUGUUUCCAUGGGGCUCUGGGCCUUCAUCACAGCUGGAGGGUCCCUCCGAAGUAUUCAGCGCAGCCUCUUGUGCCGACGGCAGGAGGACAGUCGGGUGAUGGUGUAUUCUGCCCUGCGCAUCCCACCCGAGGACUGAGGGAACCUAGGGGGGACCCCUGGGCCUGGAGUGCCCUCGUGAUGUCCUCGCCCUGUAUUUCUCCAUCUCCAGUUCUGGACAGUGCAGGUUGCCAAGAAAAGGGACCUAGUUUAGCCAUUGCCCUGGAGAUGAAAUUAAUGGAGGCUCAAGGGUAGAUGAGCUCUGAGUUUCUCAGUACUCCCUCCCAAGACUGGACAUCUUGGUCUUUUUCUCAGGCCUGAGGGGAACCAUUUUUGGUGUGAUAAAUACCCUAAACUGCCUUUUUUUCUUUUUUGAGGUCGGGGGAGGGAGGAAUGUUGGAACUCUUCUAACCUCCUUGGGCUAUAUUUUUUCUCCUUGAGUUGCUCCUCAUGGCUGGGCUCAUUUCGGUCUCUUUCUCCUUGGUCCCAGACCUUGGGAGAAAGGAAGGAAGUGCAUGUUUGGGAACUGGCAUUACUGGAACUAAUGGUUUUAACCUCCUUAACCACCAGCAUCCCUCCUCUCCCCAAGGUGAAGUGGAGGGUGCUGUGGUGAGCUGGCCACUCCAGAGCUGCAGUGCCACUGGAGGAGUCAGACUACCAUGACAUUGUAGGGAAGGAGGGGAGAUUUUUUUGUAGUUUUUAAUUGGGGUGUGGGAGGGGUGGGGAGGUUUUCUAUAAACUGUAUCAUUUUCUGCUGAGGGUGGAGUGUCCCAUCCUUUUAAUCAAGGUGAUUGUGAUUUUGACUAAUAAAAAAGAAUUUGUAA